CCCCGAGCCCUGACUCCUUCCUUCUCGCUCAGGCGGCUGCUGGGGAGGCGCCAGGAUGAAGCUUUACAGCCUAAGUGUCCUUUACAAAGGCGACCCCAAAGUGCACUUGCUGAAAGCCGCCUACGACUUGUCCUCGUUCAGCUUCUUCCAGAAAACCAGUGUUCAGGAAUUCAUGACCUUCACAAGCCAGCUGAUUGUAGAGCGGUCAGUGCUGGGCAGCCGAGCGUCAGUGAAGGAACAAGAAUACCUCUGCCAUGUGUACGUGCGAAAUGACAGACUGGCUGGAGUGGUGAUCGCAGACAACGAGUAUCCACCGCGUGUGUGUUUCACCUUGCUGGAGAAGGUGCUGGAUGAGUUCUCCACACAGGUCAGUAGGACAGACUGGCCCUCAGGAUCUCCAUCUACGAUUAACUAUGUAGCCUUGGACGGUUACCUUAGUAAAUAUCAGAAUCCCCGGGAGGCGGACGCUAUGACGAAAGUGCAGGCAGAGCUGGACGAGACCAAAAUCAUUCUGCACAAUACCAUGGAGUCUCUGCUAGAGCGUGGGGAGAAGCUGGAUGACUUGGUGGCUAAGUCGGAGGUGCUUGGGCUACAUUCCAAACACUUCUACAAAACUGCCCGAAAGCAGAACUCGUGCUGCGAGAUCAUGUGACCCAGCCAUCUGAGACCGCUGCUCCCACCGCCUGGCCUUCACUCACUUUCAGACCUUUAAAGUACAUGGGACGAAAAGAGACCGCCCGUGGGUGGGGAUCCCCGGUUCCAGGCUGCACCUCUGCAGGCGGUGGGGCUGGGACAGGGCUUUCUCGGCACCCCGGGGCCAUCUAGUUAAACAGCUCUUCCUCGGAAAGGCCGGCAAGGUCAGCCCUGAAGAGACAGUGUGACCAUUCUCCUGCCAGCCCUUUCUGGCCUGAAGGGCUUGUUGUUUUGACAUCUGGCUUGUAAUUGCAAUGCUGGAUUGGCCAGGGGCUUUCACUCCUCAUCUCCAGAGAUCAGAUGUGGACUGCAUUCUGGUCACGUUGUUGUUUACAGUCAUAACACUAGAGAGGGACUCCAAUAACUGAGACCAGCCAGCACCACUGCCCAACGUUGAGGGCCCAUCAGCUCAGCCUCCGACUCCUACCCACCCAGCGAUUGAACCCUUGGGCGCGGGGCCCGGUUGAUAUGGGCCUCUGUGGAGCGUUGAGAACAGGCGUCAGUGUUGUGGGAUGUAGCCUUGCUGCUCCCAGGGCAGCAGGGGUGCUCCAACUGGAGUCUCGGGGAGCCAGACCUGGAAUCUCCAGUUGUUCCCCGUGUUCAGCUGGGGAGUCAGCACUCAUGGUGGCGCUUUCCCAACAAGUGCCACCAAGCCAAGGUCCUCGAGCUUUGCUGCAGGGGAUCUGCCUCCCCACCCCGGCAGUGAGCAGAGCGCCCCCCCGGGGGGUGCCGUUCGAAGUGGAGCAGGGGGAGAUGCUGGCAUUUUGCCUUGCUUUUGCCCUGUUCCUUGCCAAGGGGCUGGUGGGUCUCUCCCCUCCAUGGGUGUCUGGGCUGUGUCACAGUUACUGUCUGUCCUCACCAGGCUGCUCAUCAGCCAGCAUCCCCAUCACUUCGUCCUAACCUGCGGCUCUGGCCCCCGGGGCUGUGCCGCCUCCCACUCUGCACUGGGAGCUGUGCCAAGUGUGCGCUGUGGUGUGGGAGGGUCUCACUGAUCGGCCAGGCCCGGAGCUCCCUGCUGGCUGGUGGAAAGGCUAGAACAUGAUGUUCACGUCCCCUCUCCGUACGGAAAUGAAGGCUGAGCAGAGCCCACCCUGUCCGUCCUUCCAUCCUGUCCGUGGAGCUGCACUUUCCUUCCCCCCUUGGACCUGAGUCUUGCUCAUCCUUGCCUUUGCCCAGCACUGAUGUACCGGGAUCAGGCAGGGGGGAACCAGUGUCCUUGGGUGGGGCUCUGAACAGGGAGCAAUCACCUGGGGAGGGGCGCCGGGGAGACGAGGCAGCUGCCAGAAACAGGGCGUUCCAGGCACCAGCUCACUGCGCGGAGGAUGUGCCAGUGCCACCUCCUAGUGGGCGGGUUGAGCACUGGCUUGGUCUGCACAUGGGAGAGCAGCAGCGAGUGCCCAUCCUCGCUGCAGUUCCAUUGUGCAGUGAGAGGUGACGUGAGUGUUUGUGACAUGGGACACUGCUAGCAGGGUGUGGUGCCAUCCCUGGGCCAGGGAGAGUUCACUCCCCUCUGCAGACCUGGCUUCGGUCACCUGUGGUCUGUCCCCUGGGAGGCCCUCACUGCACAAUGGGCUGGCUCUGUUGGGAUUGGGGGAGUGGGCAGGUGGCAGGGAAGAGCUGGGCAGAGGGGCAUCAGCAGAGCUGUGUGUGUGGCUGGCUGCCCACCUGAUGCCACAAGCGGCACAUCCAGCCUGGGGUUCAAGGCCACUAGAGCGGGUGCUAAAGCCAUGGCUUGGUAAUGCUCUGGGGGUAGGUGCUGCUGGGAAUAGACCCUGCCUGGCAGACUCCUCAGCUGCACCCUGCUCCUGGCGCUGCCCUCUGUGCAGCCAGGCAGGGAGCCAGACGCAGGGAUGGCAGAGCCACCCUCUCCAUGGGGCGGAGUUCCUACCUGGCUUCCCCUCCCCCCUGGAACUGUGGAGCUGGGCUGUACCGCCUGGCUGUCUGAGCUCCCUCCUGCCCCUCACGUUCCCAGGCCCGUGGCAUUGGCCUCUUACCCUUUGAGCCCAGCAGACAGGCACGUGAGGGGUGAGCGUGGGCAUGAGACGGCUGGAGUGAGCCCAGCCCUGUGGGAAGGAAGGAAGAAGCCCCAGCUCCCAGCUGUGCCCCUGGACGCGGUGAUGUUUGGCCAUGUUGGCACUGCACUCCAUCCCCCCACUCCUACCGUUUCCAGUGGAAAAGCUUUGGCUAGCGGACGCGAAGACUGUGUUUUAGUAACCGUUGCCUGACUUCUCUGUACGUGCUGUUGGCUGGCCUGUACCCCUUUGGAUAAAGUUGUCUUCUCACCGUU